UAAAAACUAAACCAAUCGCCAUUCAUAAACUGUGUUGGUCGGUUUCACCGAAAAACCACUCGAAACUCUUCUUCUCUGCAACCGCCAGAAAUGGAACCAGACCACGUGAAUCCCAAUCCCAACGGCGGCGAUCGCUUCGACCUCAUCAUCCUCGGCGCCUCAGGUUUCACCGGAAAAUACGUUCUCCGAGAAGCACUCAAAUUCCUCAACAACCCUUCUUCACCCCUCACUUCCAUUGCCAUAGCUGGUCGCAACCCCUCAAAGCUCACCCAAGCCCUGCAAUGGGCAUCCCGGCCCAACCCUCCUCCGUCUCUCCCCAUCCUCACCGCCGACACGUCCGACCCAUCAUCACUCCGGGCACUCUGCUCCAAGACCGGCCUCAUCCUCAACUGCGUCGGCCCCUUCCGCCUCCACGGCGAGCCUGUGGUUGCCGCCUGCGCUGAAUCGGGCUGCGACUACCUCGAUAUCUGCGGCGAGCCGGAGUUUAUGGAGCGCGUGGAGGCUGUUUACCAUGAUCGGGCUGCGGAAACCGGUUCGCUGGUGGUUUCGGCAUGUGGGUUUGAUUCGGUCCCGGCUGAGCUUGGGAUCAUGUUCAAUUCACGGCAGUGGGUGAGCCCGGCAGUGCCGAACCGGGUUGAGGCGUACGUGAGCUUGGAAUCUGAGAAGAGUAUUGUGGGGAACUUUGCUACCUAUGAGUCUGCGGUUCUGGGUGUGGCCAAUGCUAACAAGUUGCAGGAACUCAGAAGGUCCAGGCCUAGAAGAGCUAGGCCUCUGAUACCUGGGCCACCUCCUUCUAAAGGAGAAACUAUAGAAAACCAGAAGAAAAUUGGCCUUUGGGCAGUAAAGCUACCUUCAGCAGAUGCAGCUGUUGUUCGAAGAACACUUGCAAUUCUAAAAGAAAACCCAAAUGGUCUCACUGGGUUGAAUGAGAGUUCUGAGGUGGUUGAGAAAAGAGAAGCCUUCUGGUCAUCAGUGAAGCCAGCUCAUUUUGGCGUGAAAAUAGGCACAAAAUCUUUGCUGGGCAUUCUCCGAAUCAUCAUGGUUGGAAUUUGCAUUGGUCUUUUAGGAAAUACUGGUUUUGGAAGGUGGCUUCUUUUGAAAUUUCCUUCGGUAUUUAGCCUUGGUUGGUUCAAGAAGAAUGGCCCUUCUGAAGAGGAGGUAGAAAAAGCUUCAUUCAAGAUGUGGUUUGUUGGACGUGGUUUUAGCAAUGUGAGUCUUGCUUCUCAGGGAAACUCAAAACCUGACAUGGAAAUCGUAACGAGAGUAACGGGACCUGAAAUUGGAUACAUAGCUACCCCAAUAAUUCUUAUUCAGUGCGCUCUCAUUCUUCUCAGCCAACGCAGAAACCUACCAAAAGGAGGAGUUUACCCUCCAGGGAUUAUAUUCGGCCCAACUGAUCUCCAGGAAAGACUUCAGCAAAAUGGAAUAUCCUUUGAUAUGAUCUCAAAAACCACUAUUUCUUCUUGAUGGUAUGGUUAUAGUUUUCGUCCUUUACAGUUUACACUUAAAGUGGAGAAAUAUACUGCUAAUAGAAAUGAAUUACAUGACCAAGUAGGGGGGAGACUGUAUCUUUGUUUUGUUUGACUGUGUUUUACAAUAAUACUUUAGUUAUACUAUGAUUUGACUUGACCUGCAUUUGAAUCA